GUGCCUGGGAACGGGCAUUGGGGCAACUGUGUCCCAAAGUUGGGCACGAACUUCCAGCACAAUGGUUUCCGUCGGAGGUUGUUUUGUAUCUGUAUUUCUUGUUUUUGUCCUGUCUGUAUUGGGAGUGAAUGCAUCUUUUGGAGACAGGUCGACAAUAUAUCGGUCGUGCUGUGAAACAUGUAUCAGAAAAGACUGUAUCGGACCGCAGAAACUGAAAAUAUUUCAAAAAAAUCAACCUCUUCCAGAGAAACUAUUAUUUUGGAGUUGUGAAGAUGAAUGUCGGAUUUCGCUUGGUGUACCCUACCCAGAUCAAACAAACGGAAAAACCCUAGUCCGAAUCGCUGCUGCUCUUAUCCUCGUUUUAUUUUUUAUUUAUCAUGUUAGCUAUCUCACAUACAAAACAUUUGAUUAUGGCUACAAUAUGUUUGUAAAUGUCGUAAUUGGACUCACCAAUGGUGCUGCUUGGAUAUUUUACCAUUGGUUGACAAGAAAAACUUUUUCCCAUCAGUGGAAAGCUUCUUUCAUAGUUGUUUACACAUCUUGCUUACUUGCGUUCGAGUUGUUAGAUUUUGUACCACUGUGGUGGACAUUUGAUGCACAUUGUUUAUGGCAUUUGGGCACUGUAAUAUUUCCCUUUUUUUGGUAUUCGUUUUUAAUUGAUGAAUGUAGUAUAUUUGAAGAUAAAUCAAACACUAAAACAGCAUAGCAGUAUGUAGCUGGUUUGGUGUUUGUUUAUGCAAAGUAUGUAUGUUCUAUGGGACUGAUCUUAUUUACUUUUUACACACUUCUGGGAAAAAUAAAUUUGGCUAUGCAUUUUGAUAA